UGUGAUCGUCUCUCCGCUGCCUCCGUUCGAUAUCUCCGCACCGAGGGUUUACCUGGCUGCUCCGCCUCCUCUUCCUCCUCGUCGCCUUUUUGAUCUCCGUCGUCACUUUCUUCUUCCGCCGCCUUCCAGUCUCGCAUCGCUCUCUCCCGCCCUCUUCAUCGAUCCGGGAGAGAAGCCUUCGGCAAAGCAGGCAAGAACCUUUUCCGGCCAUGGCAUAUCUAAGCAUGGGCGAGGCACACCGCCGCAUCACGGACUACCUUUCUAGGUUCUGUGAUGCCGUUUCGUCCCAGGAUGCCGCUACCCUCUCCGCCCUCCUCGCCAUCUCCUCCAACUUCGCGUCCCUCCAGGCUCCUGCAGACGCCCUCAAUGUCUUCCAGGAUUCAAAUCAGUUGGUGAACCAGGUGGAGAGGUACGCCCAGUUUGCAGAAAUUCUUUCCCCCCUUCUCCGGUGCCUCCAAAGUUACCGACUUGGCCGAUAUUCCGACGCCUAUGUUGCCUUUGAGAAGGCUGCAAAUGCUUUCUUACAGGAGUUUCGAAAUUGGGAGACUGCGUGGGCUAUGGAAGCUGUGUAUAUUUUGGCUCUUGAAAUUCGGUUGCUUGCAGAGAAGGCUGAUAGAGAGCUCUCUUCAAGUGGGAAAAAUACAGAGAAGCUGCAGGGAGCUGGAUCAUUCUUGAUGAAAAUCUUCGGGGCUUUGGCGGGUAAAGGUCCCAAACGUGUUGGUGCCUUAUAUGUUGCCUGCCAACUUUUCAAAGUCUAUUUCAAGCUUGGCACUGUGCAUCUCUGUCGUAGUGUCAUCAGAAGUAUUGAAACAGCUCGAUUAUUCGACUUAGAUGAAUUUCCAGUUAAAGAUAAGGUCACUUACAUGUAUUACACUGGACGUCUGGAAGUAUACAAUGAGAAUUUCACUGUUGCUGAUCAAAAGCUAACUUAUGCCUUGAUGCAUUGCUCUCCUAACAAAGAAGCUAACAAAAGGAUGAUUCUGAAGUAUCUCAUUCCUGUGAAGCUUUCAAUUGGCAUUUUGCCUAAACAGUGGCUUCUUGAGAAAUACAAUCUUAUGGAGUAUAAUGAAGUAGUUAAAGCACUUAAAACAGGUGAUCUAAGAUUGCUCCGACAAGCCCUCCGGGAGCAUGAGGACAGAUUCUUACGAUCUGGUGUAUAUCUUGUUUUGGAGAAACUGGAGCUCCAGGUUUAUCAAAGAUUGAUGAAGAAAAUUUAUGUGCUUCAGAAACAAAAAGACCCCAGUAAGGCACACCAAUUGAAGAUAGAAACCGCAGUAAAAGCUUUGAACUGGCUUGGAAUGGACAUGGACAUGGAUGAGGCCGAAUGCAUAAUGGCUAUUCUGAUUUUUAAGAAUCUCACCAAGGGUUACAUUUCUCACAAGAACAAAGUGGUGGUCCUCAGCAAGCAAGAUCCAUUCCCCAAAUUGAACGGCAAACCAGUGAGCUCGUAGCUAAUCUUCUACUCUGUAAAUUUAUGUAAUCCCAUUAUAUUCUGAGAGAUCGGAUUUUUUUUUUCUAAAAAUGUUGUAGAAUUUCAUUAUCGCUAAAGUGCUUUUAGAAAUUUUGUAAAAUUUCAGAGUAUUCUCAGUGUGUUUUUUC